AAAAACAAGGAAUGUUUCGUGACUCUAUGAGCGAGAACAGAAUAUAGAAGACAAAUUCACUAUUUGUAAAAGAGGUGUAGGUCACGUUAUACUCUUGCAGCGACGACUUUUUCAGCUCCUUUGUAUAUAUCUAAUCCGUUUGAGAAACUUCAAGAAAUUUCUUGCAAAAAAAAAUGUAAAAAGAUCUACUUACGAAGCUUCCAUUGGCUUUUCUCCUAAUCAUGACGCACGAAGUGUUCGUGAAUUUUCGAGGAAAUGAUAUGCGCAAAACUUUUGUGAGCCAUCUCCUUGUCUCGUUUAAGACCAGUUGCAUCACAAGUUUCAUAGCCUCGGAGCCUUUAGAGGACACUGAUCAUGAGGCUAUGGAAAAUUCGCUAGUUGCAGUCCCCGUGAUAUCAAAGAGCUACUCGGUUUCGGAAUGGAUGGUCAAGGACCUUAGCAGGAUGAUAGAGUAUGAGAAGAUAGGAACUUUGAGACUAGUUCCUAUCUUCUUCCAAAUUAGCCCUUUGGAUAUCUUAAAACAAAUAAAAAAAUACGUGGAAGUGCAGGGUGGGAACUUCGAGAUGGUGAGAAGAUGGAUGUAUGCUCAGGUGUCUCGUACAUCUAGCUUCCAUUCCAGUGACUGGGAGGACGACUCAGAGCUGGUGGAUAAAGUGACUGAAUUUGUUUCUAAUAUCCUGAUCUCUUCCGGGCGAAGCAGAAGCUAUUAUAGUACUGGUUUAAGUCCGGUUCGGAGUUUGAAGCUAGAGAAUGAGUUCAGAUCAACUCCCACGACCACAUGUCAUAUUGAUACUAACCAGAGAUCAUUCCCGAUCGGCUUUCGUUUUAUGCCCGACGACUCCACUUUGUUAACGUACGCGAAGCUUCGCCUAGCAAAGUUGCGUGGUUUAGUACAGGCUGUACAGCGUGCAGAGUCAGGUAUAAUUGGUAUUUGUGGAGUCGAAGGUGUUGGGAAGACAACAAUUGCAAGGGCCGUUUACCAGGAGAUGUCACCACGAUUUCAGCACCGUUAUUUUACCAAUACAUCAAACAAUAUUUCAAGCACGUUCCUGUGCCCACUACGACCUAAUGAAGAUUAUAAGAAACUUAGCUCAGGCGAGGUCAACAAAGAACUGAUGGGACACCGCAAGGUUCUGCUUGUUGCCGACGGUGUAGAAGACAUUAAGCAGCUAAAAAGUAUAAUUCAAGAUGCUAGUUGGUUUGGACCAGGAAGCUUAGUCAUUGUAAUCACACAGGACAGGUCUUUGCUCACUCAAUGUGGAGUGGAACACAUCUACGAGGUUGAGUGUCCGAGAUACGAGGAAGCUCUUGCUUUCUUCUCAGAGUUUGCUUUCAAGCAGAGCAGCCCUCUCCCCGGUUUCGAAAGUCUCUCCUUCCAGGCUGUACAUGUGGCCAAUCGUCUUCCUCUGGCCCUCAAAGUGUUGGGGUCGUUUUUACACGGUAAGGGAAAAGAUGAAUGGAUUAGUACAUUGCGUGGAAUGGAGGAGUCACGUGAUAACUACGCUUCAGAGGUUAAUAGGUACCUCGGAGCACAUAACUAUGCACCAAGGCGUUCGAUCAAAGUGGAUCAUCACAUUGGAGUAGAUGAAGCAAUCUGUUUCCCGCUAUAUUGCUUGGCUCUAGAAUGAUAUCAAUCAUCAUUAAUGUCACUUGGAUUUGAUUGAAUUAAGUAACGUUGUGCAAUUUGUGAUUGAAUAAGACGAACACGAAAACAUGUUCGUCAGUAAACUCUUUUGUAUACUUAUCAAUGAUUUAUGCGUGUGUUUUUUUCUUAUGUUGUAUGUGAUGGAUGGAUUUAGCCAAGUCUCGUAAACAUAUUUUGGAUUCAGAUGGCAUCAGAACUCUCAAGCUUGAAAAACUGAACCAAAACCGACUGACAAAGGUGCUCUGACAGGACGCUAAGUACUUAAUAAUGAAAUAUGCUUUGACAUAAACAUGGACAUACAGUGUUAGAAGUGAUGCAGAACCAGAACGUAGUAUUAAGCAGACAAAUGACAUCAAUGAGAUUAUAUGGGAAG